AUGAGUCCACCUCCACUGAAGUUUGUCGACAAUAAGGAGGAAACAGGUGACAAGACAAAAGAUCCUAUAUCCUACCUAAUUAAGUGUUCACCAUUAGAGCCAGUGCUGAUAAAACUUGUUCACUUAGCUAAUUCUGGAGAUAUAUUGAUUGAGAAACGAUGCAGUGACAACUGA